GCGGGCCCCGCCGUGCGCUUCCUGCCCCUUACGUCAUCUCCGCGCGCCGCCCGCGGGCCGUGCCGCCGCCAUGGUGCAGCUCGGGAGCCGCCUCCUGAGGGGCCGCGGCGGCCACGUCGUCAUCCGCUUCGCGCUCGGGGGCUGCACCAACCGCCCGUUCUUCCGCAUCGUGGCGGCCAACAGCAGGCGCGCCCGCGAUGGGAAGUACCUGGAGCAGCUCGGCUGCCUCGACCCGCUGCCCAACGCGCACGGCGAGAAGGUGGCGGGGCUCAACCUGGAGCGGCUGCGCUACUGGCUGGGCUGCGGCGCGCAGCUGUCCCGGCCCGCCGAGAAGCUCCUGGGGCUGGCGGGAUUCCUGCCGCUCCACCCCAUGACGGUGACCGGUGCCGAGAGGCUGCGCCGGCGGCGACAGCGCGAGCAGCAGCCCGAGGCUGCCCCUGCGGACGGCUCGGCCGAGCCCGGCACCGGCACCGCGCCCUGACACGGCCCGGCCGGGGGAGUCCCGAGCGGCCCGGGUCUGCUCCGGCCCGGGUCCGCUCCGGCCCGGGUCCGCUCCGGCCCGGGUCUGCUCCGGCCCGGGGCUGCUCCGGCCCGGGGCUGCUCCGGCCCGGGUCUGCUCCGGCCCGGGGCUGCUCCGGCCCGGGUCUGCUCCGGCCCGGGUCCGCUCCGGCCCGGGACCGCUCCGGCCCGGGGCCGCUCCGGCCCGGGUCUGCUCCGGCCCGGGACUGCUCCGGCCCGGGUCUGCUCCGGCCCGGGACCGCUCCGGCCCGGGGAUGCUCCGGCCCGGGACCGCUCCGGCCCGGGUCUGCUCCGGCCCGGGACCGCUCCGGCCCGGGUCUGCUCCGGCCCGGGACUGCUCCGGCCCGGGGCUGCUCCGGCCCGGGACUGCUGCAGCCUGCCCGGACCCGAGGAUUUCUGCCCUGUCGGUGCAUCCGACCCCAUUAAAAUGUUACCUCUGCACUCUG